UCUUCCUAAAACCCCCAACCCGACCCUCUUUCUCCCUUCACUGACUAGCGGCCGGAGAUGUUGCUAGGUAAGAGGCAGCGGCCGCCGAUCAGGAGGACGACGAGCCUGUCGGAGUUCGUGGCCGAUCUUGAACUGCCACAGGAGCCGCCAAGGCCGUCCGAUCAAGAGAUUCCGGCGAUCAUCGCCGUCAAUCACCAUAUUCCGCCGUCGAGGCAGAUGUGGGGGGAAGGACACUGGACGGCGGAGUGGCGGACGAACACGGCAUCUUCUGUCGCUGCCAUGGUUUCGCCCCGGGUGCUGCGCAGAAACUCCGGCGACUUCACGGCCUUAGAGACGGCGCCGUUUCUCAGGUCGUGCGGCCUUUGCAACCGUCGCUUGGCUCCUGGCCGCGAUAUCUUCAUGUAUAGGGGUGAGAUUGCCUUCUGCAGCUUGGAGUGCCGUCAACAGCAAAUGAAUCACGACGAGAAGAAGGAGAAGUACUUUAUCUCAACCAUAAAGGAUUCUCCUCCGGCGACCUCCGGCUCAUCCGACCCCUCCACCACCGGCGAAACAGUAGCAGCCACCUGAGAGGCACGAAUCUAUAUAUAUUUAUAUAUAUAUAGUUUUUCCAAGAGUAUUUUGUAUGUGCUGAUUAUGAUGCAAGUGUGAAAGCUUGCAAUUGUAGAUUGGUAUAUGGCUUUUGGUUUCAUCUAUGCUUCGGUAGAGUUCAUAAAGCUAUUAUGGAGUUGUGUCUCUCUCUAUCUCAUUUUGUUUUCUCUCGCUCAUUAUGUAAGAGCAGAUGUGAAAGUUCUUCCACCCGUUUGUUUGCAAGGGGUGAAAAAAAAAAAGAGAAAACGAAAGAAUUCAUCAAAUUCUGGGACCAGCUUGAGAUUCCCCUUCUCUUUCA